GUUCCCUGUUCGUCCGGGUGAAUUUGCUUUUUGAUUGCGUCGGCUUAUGUCAGCGGUCGCGGCCCACGAACAGCAGCCGGGUGAGAGCCAGCCAGGAAAAGGGAGCUUCGAGAUUUUCUAUCACCCCAUCGUCAUUUCACCUCCAGGCAGUCUCAAACUACUGCAGAGCGCCACUUGCUUCGCAACGCCGUUGGGCCCAUACCUGCGGCAUCCCCAUUGCUUCGACGACCCAUUCCGAGGUACCCAUCUUCUUGUGCCCGGUUUGAUGGCUGGCUUCCGUUCACGCGGCGACCAAAGGCACGCACGCGACACCACCCUGGAAAACACCAGCAUCAGCUGUCAUAACUCCUUCUAACAGCACAACACCGACGCCCGCUGAACCAUUGCUCUCGAGCAAUCCGCCAUGGCGUUCAACUUCAACUGGUCGCCGCUCAUAGCGGAUACCUCUCGCGCGCGGGAGAUGUUGACGACCGCGCUCAACAAAUCGCCGAAGCCGCCCAUCAUCGUCGAUGAUAUCAUUGUCACGGAGCUGAACCUGGGAUCCACGCCGCCCGAAUUGGAGAUAUUGGAGAUUGGCGAUUUGGCCGAGGAUCGGUUCAGAGGAAUAUUCAAGAUGACCUACUCGGGCGAUGCGUUUCUGACGCUCAAAACAAAGGUCCAAGCGAACCCGCUGAACACGUACCUCUCGAGAAAGCCGAGUUUUGCGUCGCCGGAGCCUCUUGCGGCAGCCGCUGGGCUGACAAUACCGCUCCAAAUAACCCUGUCGGAUAUCUGCUUGUCGGGCUUUGUUAUUCUGGUCUUUUCGAAGCAGAAGGGCCUCACGCUGGUAUUCCGGAAUGAUCCUCUGGAGUCGCUGAAGGUAUCGUCGACCUUCGAUUCUAUACCCUUUGUGAGAGACUAUCUGCAGAAGGAGAUUGAGGGACAGUUGCGAGUGUUGUUCAUGGAGGAUCUUCCUGCCAUCAUUCACCGACUCUCACUCCGCUUGUGGUCACCAGAGUAUCAGGAGCUAGAGGAGGAGGAGGAGAGAUUAAACAGCUUUCAAGACACUACCGCGCCUAUAGAUCCUUUGGCUACGAACCCCCCAGAUGCUGUGGACGACUUUGGCAAUCCCAUCGAGACAACGGCUGGUUCUGCGCUCACAUUGGAUACGGCAUCCGAGAUACACGCAUCUUUCUCUCGAAAGAACAUCCUUCGCCUUGCUGCCCUCUCGGAGUCUCAGCGCACCCUCUCCCUCUUCACUCCUGGCAUCCGCGAUGCGGUUUUCCGCGCUUGGGCGGGGCAUGCUGACCAGCCCAACUCUGGUGUCGCCACCCCCGUACUCACCCAAUCUAGCCUAUCAAGGAUCCAAUCCACUGUAAGCAGCCAUAAGUCGAAUCCCUCGUCCCUGGCGUCCGGAAGCACAGGCAACGAUAGCCAUAGCUCAAGACCCACGCUGGUCUCCAGUUACUCUUCCACUGGGCUCACCCUUGGCGCCAAUAGACUCCGGACGCAUCCCCAGCGGAAGCGCAAGAAGCGCGUCAUUAACCUGAGGAAGGAUAGAGAUGGCGCCGAGUCCUCUGGCGCGUCUACCGAGACGAGCACCCCAGCUCCCAGCGCGAAUGUGUCCGAGACGUCGAGCCUCAUGCACGAAGUUAUUCAGGAGGAAGAUUUCGCCACGACUCCGAAGAACGAACCACAGCGCGCGCAGUGGUUGGACAAGAGGGCAAGCACGAGGACUCUGAGGGAAGCGACUGACUCGAGUACUAACGGCAAGUCGGCGGAGAAAACGCGGCCUGAGGCUUUACUUCCACCCGCCCCGCUCCCAUCUGACAUUCCCCGAGCGCAGACACAGUCGAAGCAGGAGCAAGAAACAGAUUGGACGGAAAAGCGGACUUCCUCGUCCUCGUCCACACGCCCAGCACCACUCAGCCACACUCGUCUCCAACGAGCCACUACCCCGCUCCUCCGCUCCCUCUCUUUUGACCGAGUGUCAGCUGCAUCCUCGUCGGUACAUCCGCAUCAAGCGUAUCCCAGCAGACACCGCGCCAUGUCUCCCCCCUAUGCGGAGAGCUUAGCCUCGUCUAGCGGGGGUAUCUUGGAGCAGGCGUGGAUGCUCAAGAUGGCGCAGGAGAUCGCGAGGAAGGUAUCUGAGGAGAAGAGCAGGGCAGAUGCCGCAGCGUCGGGUGCCGGUGCAAGGGAAAGCAUUCUGCAUCAUCCGCAGCCCGGGAGGGGGGCGAAGGCGGCAGCGGCGAUGUGGGCGGUGGAGGGCGCAGCCGAGAUGGAUGCGCCGCCGGCGUAUCAGGCUUGAAUAUGUGUGUAAGAGAGAGGUGUAAAAGGUGUCUCACGACGUUACGACCGGUGCUUUGUAUUCUGGCGUUGUAGGGUGGCUUUGUUGUCAGUUGCCUUAUUUUCCUUGCUAAUGUUGUUUUCCUGACAUUCCUCGGGUUCUACUGCUGUCACUCUUUAGGCAUUAUUCCCCUCAUUCCUAUGUUUGGGUCUGUGUUGGCUGGUUUCUUUUCCUUUGUUCUUGGACUUUAUCAUUAUCAUUUGGCAGUUUUGCGCUGCUGGCUGGUGUAAUUUCUAGUUGGGCGUUCGGAGCGUGGGCUUUGCGGUAUGUUGUAGGUUGGAAGGGAUGGGAGUGGGAGCCGCAUGCAUCCGAAAAAAGGGAAGUGUAAAAAAAGAUUGUAUCGUCCUUUGUUGUCUGAUUAAAGAGCAUCAAGCCGAGGAGGAAGAGAGAGAGAAGAGAAACUUGGUGAAAGGAAGAGAGGGG